GUUUCGUACUCUCAUUUCCGACCACCAUCGUCACCACCAGUGAGGACUUGUGGGCGUUGCCUUUAACAGCACGUCAAUCAAGUACUCCUACCAUUCAAAAUGAUCACAGAUGCUAGUGAGAUUGCUCAGCUAGCAAGUGAAUUCAUUUCUUCAUUGGACAAUGUACCACAAGAAGUACAACAUAUAAUCAAAGAGAUUGAACAUAAAGAUGCAAAAAUACAAGAAUUAUUACCCAAAUUGGCAGCUCGUGAAGGACAAUUGAGAGAUACGUUGGCAAAGAAGGAUGCCACAUUGAAUGAAAGCGACAAAAUAAAAGUGGAGAAAUUAUCGGAGAAAAUAAAAGCAGAUUACGCCAGAGCAGAUGAGUGGAGUGCACAAAAGGAGGUGUUGAGCAGGGAUUUAUGGAGGAAUAUAAAUGCUCAUACAAAAAGACUAGAAGUGGAAAUCGCAAAAGUCUCGCCCGUUAUGGUCUCUCAAGCGGAAAAUGCUCUAAGUGCAACACUUUCAUCACAAUCACAAAUACCCUCUACCAACACAAUCUCGAACGCCGUCCUUGGGGCUUUACGCAGUCCUUCAGUAGAAGCCAGCUUGGAUCUCUCGGCACCAAGUGGCGUCAAGCGAAGAUUUUCUGGUACGCCCGUCACAAAAGGACGACAGUCGUCCACCGAUCGCGGUCUUCCAUCUCCAAGUCCCUUAUCCGGCAAUGCAUACAAUGCACUAUCCGGAAACGGUGCAGGAAAUGGCUCGAACGGUUUGGGUGGCACUGCUCCACACAAGAAGAUGAAACAUAGCGGACUUUCUAUCGUCACGAAACCCGAAUCGGAGGCUGAUGUGGAAGGAGAGCUGGGUAUUGGAAACGAGGAGAAAGAUGAUCGGGUUUACUGUCACUGUCAACGUGUUUCGUUUGGCGAGAUGAUUGGGUGUGAUUCAGAUGAUUGUCCCUAUGAAUGGUUCCAUCUGUCUUGCGUUGGUCUAUCCAAGCCUUUACCACAGACAUGGUAUUGUUCUGACUGUCGUGAACGGAUAGAACGUGAAAAGACAGAAAGGCCGAUCAAGAAACGGAAAAAGCAGCAGGCGUGAAUAUUGUGGUAGUGUGAUCCCACUAUGUUAUUGUACAAUAGACCAAUGUGU